AUGUCCAGCAGUCUCCUUAAACUUCACUAUUUUGACAUACCCGCUAGAGCGGAGCCUAUUCGUCUGUCAUUCGCAAUACAAGGUAUUCCUUUUGAAGAUGAUCGUAUUACGAAGGAAGAUUGGGCGAAGACUUUGAAGCCUAAUCACGUGUUCCCCCUCGACCAACUACCGGUUUUGGAAUUCCCUGAUGGCAAAAUGGCGACUCAGAGUUAUGCCAUUUUGAGAUAUGUGGCUACGCUGCGUCCCUCGUAUGGUCUCUACCCCACUGACCCUAUCCAGAGACUAGGCAUAGAUCAGCUGUUGGAUACCUUUGCCGAUAUCAGAGAGAAGACAAGAGUUGUCAAGGUCAUGUCUGACGGCCCCGCCAAGGAAGCUGCGAAAUCGGAGUUGGCAAAUACCACUUACCCGUUCUACUUUGAAAGAGUAGAGCGCAUGAUCGGAGAUAAUAAGUACUCAGCUGGAGACCAUCUCACGAUUGCCGAUCUGAUGAUCGAUUCCAUAUUAUACUUCAUAUUCACCCUCGCCAAGUUGGGUAUGCAGCCAUCCAUGUUGAAGCCCUAUGAGAAACUCCAAAGGAUCCAGACUUUGGUAGCGGCCAACCCUGCUGUGAAACUGUGGCGCGAGAAGCGUGAGGUGAAGCCCCUCCCUGCUGUUGCUGAGAGUUUCGCUCAUUAG